AUGUUAAGAAAAGACAAGAAACAAGAAACAUGGUUAUCCUUCCAAGGCCUUGAUAUAAAAGCUAAACAGGAAAUUGUGAGGGAAUUGGUAAAAAUAGUUUUCGGUUCGUAUUCAAACUACGUAGCAGUUAAUUUACUGAGCAGUUUUUCAUCCACAACAAGGGAAGAUUCAGUUCAAAGAUUUGCUCAAGAAGUGACUGCUAAUCCUCAUCGCGUAUUUUUCAUCCAAGAUUUGGAGCACACAGAUUAUUGCUCUAAAACCUGCAUAAAAAUGGCAAUCAAAAGGGGAAGAAUAGGGAACGCAGAUGGUGAAGAAGUUAGUCUUUGUGAUGCCAUUGUCAUAUUGAGCUCUGAGAGCAUUGGUUCAAGGACAUGUUCUUCUUUUACCAAGCAAAAGUCUGAUGAAUCAAUGGCGGAAAAAGAUGAGUCCAUUAACGAUCAAGAUAGAGGGCUUCUUGAAAAUGUUGAUAGAUGCAGUCUUAAAAUUUAA